ACUGUUACUUCCCUGCAACGGCUUUUCUCUGCAACAAGAUAGAGAGAAAGAGAGAGCGAGAGCUCAAAGAACGGAAUCAAUGGCGUCGAAGAUUCUCACUUCCUUCCUCCUCCUAAUUCUCUAUCUCGUUUCACUUUCCGAUGCUUCUCUGACAUCCAUCUCCGCCGCCGUCGAAGUCCUCUGCGAUUCCGGCUACUUCUCCAUGGGACUCACUCUACAGCUCGCCAACAAAGACCUACGCCUAGACGAUUGGCAAGAACUCACCAUCUUCGCUCCUUCCGAUCGAGCCUUCUCCCAAUCCGGACAGCCUUCCCUCCUCUCCGUCAAGUACCACCUCUCUCCGACGCGCCUCCCCGGAGAAACCUUAACCAACCUCCCUCAUGGCGCGAAAAUCCCUACCAUCAGAUCUAACUCCUCUCUAACCGUCACGAACUCUUCCCGAUCCGGUGGAGGAUUGAUUCUUUCCAUAAACGGCGUCGCAGUCCAAGAUUCGCCUCUCUUCGACGACGGAUACGUCGUUAUCUACAGCUCCGACGAGUUUUUCACGCCGCCGAUCGUUACUCCACCAUCACCACCUCCUGCCGCAUCGAUCGAUUCGAUUUCGGUUCCGAUCCCUAGCUCAGCCCCGGUUAAAUCUAAACCGGUUAACUGCUUCAACAUCUUCGAGUCGGCGUCGAGUUUGUUACUCUCCAGAGGCUUCGUGAUCAUGGCCACGUUUCUCGCGCUACAGCUCGAGAUCUCUCCAGGGAACGACACUACGAAGCUCACAGUCUUCGCUCCGAUCGACGAGGCGGUAUCCGUCGCCAAGUUCUCGGAUUACGCUACUAUCUUCAGAGGGCAUGUGAUCAAGCGGCUUCUCUCGUGGAAAGAUCUCGAGAAACUCGCGUGGGAAGGAUCGAUCUUGCAGACUGCUCUCAGAGGGUAUGAGAUGGAGCUUUCUUGGUCUGGUGAUUUUCUUCUUCUCAAUGGAGUCCCGCUCGUCUUUCCGGAUCUGUACGCCGACGAGUGGGUUGUUGUUCAUGGAGUUAACCAAAUGAUUGCACCGCGAGCAGGACAGGGUAAAGUGGGAGAGUCAAUCUCAGAGCUGAACGGUGGAGGAGAAGGAGAAGAGGAGGAUGAUGUUCAUGGUGAGUUCUCUACUGAGUUAGGUGACUCUGGUCUUCACUGAUUUGUCUAAUGCAUUUUUUCACAUGAUCUUGAAACUGUUCUUAGACUUGUUGUUAUACAGUGAGAUACUCUAUCUAGUUUCAAAGUGAAUAACUAAAUAAAAAGUUUCUGAUCUUAAGAGACUCUUUUGGGUGUGAA